AUGGCCAGCCUGGCUGCGGAGAUCAUCGCCUUCCUGCUGGCCAUCUCGGGCUGGGUGCUGGUCUCCUCCACGCUGCCCACUGACUACUGGAAGGUCUCCUCCAUCGACGGCACCGUCAUCACCACCGCCACCUUCUGGGCCAACCUCUGGAAGACCUGCGUGACCGACUCCACCGGCGUGUCCAACUGCAAGGACUUCCCCUCCAUGCUGGCACUGGACGGUUAUAUCCAAGCCUGCAGAGGACUCAUGAUUGCUGCUGUCAGUCUUGGAUUCUUUGGCUCCAUAUUUGCACUGGUUGGGAUGAAGUGUACGAAAGUUGGAGGCUCAGAUCAGACUAAAGCUAAAGUCGCUUGUUUAGCUGGGAUGAUUUUCAUACUUUCUGGGUUGUGCUCUAUGACUGGUUGCUCCCUGUAUGCGAACAGAAUUACAUCUGAAUUCUUUGAUCCUACUUUUAUUGCACAAAAGUAUGAAUUAGGAGCAGCUUUAUUCAUUGGAUGGGCUGGAGCAUCACUUUGCAUAAUUGGUGGCAGUAUAUUCUGCUUCUCAAUAGCUGGAAACAGUAAAUCCCCAAGAAUGGGGUACACAUACAAUGGAGCCACAUCUGUGAUGUCUUCUAGGACAAAGGUCCACAAUAGUGCAGCAGAUUUGAAAUCACCAAAAGGCCCUCCAAAGCACUUUGACAAGAAUGCUUAUGUUUAA